AUGAGAAUUUCCCGGUCUGAUUUAUCUCCUACGUCUUUCCAGAGCGCUCAAAAACGAACAGGUGUCGCAUGUGUGAACUGCAAGACGAACACGACGACAUUAUGGAGGAGAAAUGGAGGUGGUGAACCGGUCUGUAAUGCCUGUGGACUCUAUUACAAGCUACAUCAGGUAGAAAGACCUCUGACAAUGAAGAAGGACGGGAUUCAGACAAGGAAUCGGAAGAUGUCGACGAAGGGGAAAAAGCCAAAGGCUGAAGACGCCUCCGCAUGGGGAAACAUGAAGCCAGCACCGAUGUAUGAUAUGAAAUUGAUGCCGACACCAUACUUCCCCGGGCAGCCCACCUAUCCGACGGGACUAUUCUUCCAGCAAUAG